AUGCCAAGAGCAAACGUAGGAGGUAGAAUGGUGUAUGGCAACGCUGUGAGCGUGCUGCACAACUCACGCUCAGUACAUCAUCAUUUAAUGCCUCUUCAUUUGUCCACAACAUCACUCGCCAACGUCACUGUCUGCUCUGCUCUGCCCAUCUCAWACAUCACCACUGACAUUGUCCGGCCUGCUUCAAACAUAGUUGAAUGCAAUUCAUCCGCAACUCUGUUCUCUACGAGACAUCAUUCUCAAGGUAUGAAUCUUCUCAACCCCCUUUGCCUAAGCCCCCGUGUUCCCCGAUUUUUGAAGAAUCAUCUGUGUCCUCGAAUCGACGUGGAGGUGAUGGCACAAGCCGCAUGCCUGUUCUUGGUGGGCUCCUUCAAUGCUCGUGGAGGCUGA